CCCCCGGGGCCGCACGGUAGGAUGGGGGACAACACCAGCCCCAUCAGCGUGAUUCUGGUGAGCUCGGGGAGCAGGGGCAAUAAACUGCUGUUCAGGUACCCCUUCCAGAGAAGCCAGGAGCACCCAGCGUCCCAGACAAAUAAGCCUCGUAGCAGAUAUGCUGUCAACAACACCGGAGAUCAUGCCGAGGACCAGGACGGUGACUCCAGCGAGCCAUGUCCUCUAACCGAUGAGCAAUUGGUUGCAGGGUUUUCAGAUGUCAUUCUGGCAACAAUUUUGGCAACCAAGUCUGAAAUGUGUGGCCAAAAAUUUGAACUGAAGAUCGAUAACGUACGUUUUGUGGGGCACCCAACACUCCUACAGCAUGCACUGGGGCAGGUCUCCAAAACAGACCCAUCUCCGAAGAGGGAAGCUCCCACCAUGAUUCUUUUUAAUGUGGUAUUUGCACUGAGGGCCAACGCAGACCCGUCGGUGAUCAACUGCCUGCACAACCUUUCCCGACGCAUUGCCACCGUGCUGCAGCACGAGGAGCGCCGCUGCCAGUACCUCACUCGGGAGGCCAAGCUGAUCCUCGCGCUGCAGGACGAGGUGUCCGCUGUGGCCGAUGCAAAUGAUGGUCCUCAGUCCCCAUUCCAUCACAUUUUGCCCAAGUGCAAGCUGGCCAGGGACCUCAAGGAAGCAUAUGACAGCUUGUGUACGUCUGGCGUGGUGCGGCUGCAUAUCAACAGCUGGCUGGAGGUGAGCUUCUGCCUGCCUCACAAGAUCCACUACGCUGCUGCGAGCCUCAUUCCCCCUGAAGCCAUCGAGCGGAGCCUGAAGGCCAUUCGCCCGUACCAUGCCCUGCUGCUGCUCAGCGACGAGAAGUCCUUGCUGGGUGAGCUCCCGCUCGACUGCUCCCCAGCCCUGGUACGUGUGAUCAAGACCACGUCUGCCGUGAAGAACCUGCAACAGCUGGCCCAGGAUGCAGACCUGGCCUUGCUGCAGGUUUUCCAGCUUGCAGCUCACCUGGUGUACUGGGGCAAGGCCAUCAUUAUCUACCCGCUGUGUGAAAAUAACGUCUACAUGCUUUCUCCCCACGCCAGCGUGUGUCUAUGUCUGGCCUCUGCCGUGCCCAGCUUCCAGUUCUGGCCUGGUUUAGCACCUGUGGCCCUCUCUGGGCCUGUGCUCCUCCGGCACCUGCAGCCUCCAGGAAGGGCCUACACCUGCCAUGUCUACAGCCAGUACUCCCCACUGGCCGAGCAGUUCUCCCACCAGUUCCCGUCUCAUGACCUGCCAUCUGUCCUUGCUAAGUUCUCCUUGCCUGUCUCCUUGUCAGAAUUUAGGAACCCCCUCGCCCCCCCUGUGCAAGAGACUCAGCUCAUUCAGAUGGUGGUGUGGAUGCUGCAGCACAGGCUCUUGGUCCAGCUGCACACCUACGUUUGCCUGAUGGCCUCGCCCAGCCAGGACGAGCCCCGCCUGCGCGAGGAUGAGGUCCCCUUCACUACCAGGGUCAGCGGCCGCAGCCUCAGCACACCCAAUGCCCUCAGCUUUGGCUCCCCAACCAGCAGUGACGACAUGACGCUCACUAGCCCCAGCAUGGACAACUCCAGCACAGAGCUUCUCCCCAGUGGGGACUCCCCGCUGAACAAGAGGAUGACUGAGAACCUGCUGGCCAGCCUGUCUGAGCACGAGCGCGCGGCCAUCCUCAGUGUGCCUGCGGCCCAGAACCCUGAGGACCUCCGCAUGUUUGCCAGGCUCCUGCAGUACUUCCGUGGCCGCCACCACCUAGAGGAGAUCAUGUACAAUGAGAACACAAGGCGCUCCCAGCUGCUCAUGCUCUUCGACAAGUUCCGCAGUGUGCUGGUGGUGACCACCCACGAGGACCCAGUCAUUGCCGUCUUCCAGGCACUGCUUACGUGAGCCCAGGCCGAGGACACGGAGGCAGCUGCAUCUCCCCACCCCAGGGCUGCCUCCUGUCUGGCCCGAGUCCUCUUAGCCCUGAGGCCCAACUUCAGCCCAGUUCAGCCGCCUCAUUAGGCUGCUGCUGUCUGCAGUCUCAUUCAUCUAGUCUUCAAAGCAGAUCCGGUGUCUGAGCUGAGAAGGUGAGGCUCCAAGCUGGGGAGAGCAUCCAGGACUCCUGCUGAGUGAGGCCUGCAUGCUUCCCACGCAGAUUUGUGUCUGACCUUCCUCCCAAUCCUGCCUGUGUUCCCUGGCCCCCUCCAUUCCUGCCCUUCCAAGACUGAGGGCCCAGUGCCUGUCCUGUCCUGUGUGGUCCAGCACUGCCCCAUAUCUUCCAGCUUGCUGUGGGCCUUUCCUGCCCCUCACUACAGCCCUGUGUUAGCCAUCAGGAGGCUCAUGGCCACCCCCUCUUUGUCACCUGAGGCAUGAGGGCCUGGGCUGAUCCAUGGUGCUUAUGGCUCCCUUGUGGGGAAGGUGCACUGGUGUUCCCAGUCCUCCUUCACGAGGGGGGUGGAGGGGGCCUUCAUCAGGCCUGAGGAAGGAAGUGUCCAUGCUGGGCCUGGCUCUAGGUACC